AUGGCGAUUAUCACAGAGCUACUGGAUGCCUGGCCCUUGGCCGAUGACGUCCGCGUCAUCCCUCGGCGAGAGGACCUCUUGCUGCAACCACCGCCCGAAAACCCCAUGAAGAUGUGGCGCGAGCAUGAUCUCCUCCAAGCGGUUCAUUUUCCGAACGAUUACAUCCCGGCCAAGUUCUCACCCCCGAAAGAUGUAUUUUGCGGCGAUACAUUGCGUCUAGAGUGGCAACAGAUGAAUGCCCGUCAGCCCUUUUACCACCGCAACGCCGACGUUGACGAGAUUUCCCUCCAGGUCUCCGGGGAACGCACGCUCAUGACUGAGCUAGGUAGCGUCGAGCUGCGCCCUGGUGACUUCUCAAGGAUCCCAGUCGGUGUGGCUCAUGAUAAUUUCGGCCGCGAGGAGGUCCAUUUGCUCUUCUAUAUUAUUGCCCCCGUCACCGAUGUCGGCCAUGUCACGCUUCGAUCGGAGGUCAAGAAAGAAGGACCUUUUCCUGGUUGGAAGAAGGCCUCUCCGGCUACCAUCGAGAUGAUGACCGAAUGUCUUGGAGCCCGGGGGUGCGACAUGGCCGUGUCUCUGGCCGACGAGGAGUUUUUACUCGACCCAUCUCUUGCCCAAAGCACAUCAUUCGCAAAGCCUGAAGAAGCUCUUCUAAUCCAGCGCGCUGUCACUCCGGCCGUAUCUGGUAGCCAGCCACAGAACCCCGAGUGGUUAUACAAAUCGGCUACCGUUUGGAUCGGCAACGUCAGCCUCGACAAGACAGACGGAACAGUCUAUCACCGUCAUCGUCGCGCCGACGCUAUACAGUACCAGCUGGAAGGUUCCCGCACUCUGGUAACCCAGCGUGGCACUAUCGAAUUGCACCCAGGAGACUACAUAUGCAUUCCCAAAGGUUGCGCAUACACGAACAUAAGUAAGAGCCAGUGUCAGUACGUUGUGAUCUUGACCAGCGAGGUAGCGCCGGUCAAGGCGCCCUACAGUAAAGCGGCCAGUGAGACCACAUUAGAGAAGGUGGAAGCCAUAAGGAAGGAAGUCUCGGUCUAA